CAACCCUACCAAUCUGUCGGAAGAGAGUGUGGUAGCGGAAGAUUCCUUUCCUACGCUUAAAGUUCCGUUAAAUUUUGUUGUUGAAACAUCCUGACCCCCCUGUGCGGCAUUAGUCAUUUCAAUAUUCUCAUCAUGGCAAAUCAUAAUCGUCGGAGUUUUAUAUUAACUAAUGAACAUUUAGAAGAUUUGUGUUCAGCUUUUAAUACAUUGAACAGAGAUGGAAAAGGUUAUUUAGAUGUGAGUAGUUUGAAGGAUGCUUUAGAUAUUGUAGGAUUCAAACUACCGCAAUGGCAAGUUCGCCAGCUUGUAGAUGACAUGGAAAGAGGAAAUAAUAAAAAAACGCAACUUUCAUUUGAUGAAUUUCAAAAGAUAUACAGCGAUUUGAAAUCAAGAGAAGUGACAAAUGUUUUUAAAACUGCUGUUUCAAAAAGAGAAAAUUUACAAACAUUAGGAGGAAUGUCUGAAGCUUCUAGUGAAGGGACAACACAUUCAGUUCGGCAUGAAGAGCAAGUGGCAUUUUCUGAUUGGAUUAAUUCAAAUCUAGGAAGAGACCCAGAUUUAAAACAUUUAUUACCAAUUGAUAGUGAUGGGAAGACAUUAUAUGAAAAGGUAAAAGAUGGAAUUCUUUUAUGUAAAAUUAUAAACCAUUCAUGUCCUGAUACAAUAGAUGAAAGAGCUAUCAACAAAAAGAAUCUGACUGUGUACACAAAGCAUGAGAAUUUAACUUUGGCUUUAAAUUCUGCUCAGGCUAUUGGUUGUAAUGUGAUUAAUAUUGAUGCUCAUGACUUAGCGAAGGGUAAACCUCAUUUAGUACUUGGUCUGUUAUGGCAAAUUAUAAGGAUUGGACUGUUUAAUCAAAUAUCUCUAGAACACUGCCCUGGCCUUGUGCAGCUUGUUAAUAGUGGUGAAGAAAUGUCAGAUCUCAUGAAAUUGUCACCUGAAAAUAUUCUUUUACGAUGGGUGAACUAUCAUCUAGAGAGGGCAGGAAUAAAUAGACGAAUUUCAAAUUUCACAUCGGAUAUAAAGGAUUCUGAGAUAUACACAUACCUCCUGAAACAAAUUGCCCCAAUAGAUGCAGGUGUUACAAUGGAAGCAUUAAUGAAAUCCGACUUACUUGAGCGAGCUGAAAUCAUGCUAAAACAGGCUGACAAAAUUGGUUGUAGGAGUUUUCUGACCCCCAAUGAUGUUGCUGAUGGUGUAUACAAGUUGAAUGUUGCAUUCGUUGCCAACCUUUUUAAUAAUCAUCCUGCUUUGGAUCAACCAGAUGAACCACUUGAAAUAAUUAAUUUGGAGGAAACAAGAGAAGAAAAAACUUACCGAAAUUGGAUGAACAGUAUGGGUGUUUCUCCUUAUGUUAAUUGGUUAUAUAGUGAUCUAGCUGAUGGAUUAAUCAUUUUUCAGUUAUUUGAUACAAUAAAACCAGGUAUAGUAGACUGGAAUCGUGUUCACAAGACUUUUAGUAAGCUCAAAGGAUUCAUGGAAAAAUUGGAAAAUUGCAACUAUGCUGUUAUGCUUGGUAAAGAAUUGAAAUUUUCACUAGUGGGAAUUGCUGGUAAUGAUAUAUCUGAGGGAAAUCCAACUCUUACAUUAGCACUUGUGUGGCAGUUAAUGCGAGCAUAUACAUUAACCAUUUUAACUCAGUUGGCAAACUCUGGACAUCCUGUUGUGGAAAAAGAAAUUGUUGAAUGGGUCAAUAAUAAAUUGAAAGAAGCUGGAAAAGACACGAGUAUACGCAGUUUUCAGGAUUCCUCUAUUUCCACUGCAUUACCAGUUAUUGAUUUGAUUGAUGCCAUUCAACCCGGAUCCAUUAAUUAUUCACAAGUAUUAAAUGCUGAGACGCCUGAGGAUAAGAUGGCUAAUGCAAAAUAUGCUAUUUCUAUGGCUCGAAAAAUUGGUGCAAGAAUUUAUGCAUUGCCUGAAGAUAUAACAGAGGUUAAACAGAAGAUGGUGAUGACUGUUUUUGCUUGUCUGAUGGCUAGAGACUAUAUUCCUAAUAUGGGUGUGAAGAAUGAUCAAUAAUGUUCAUAAUUGUCUUACUAUUGUAUUCAGUUGUUUUUUAAUUCAUAAUGCCAGUCUUAAUUCUAAUGAAUGCCAGUUGCAUAAUUUUUAGACAUCCAGACUGAAAUGUUUAGUCAUUACCAUUUUAAAACAUAUAGUUAUCAGACGUACUGAUACUUUUAUAUCCUAGUACAUUAAGCAUUUCAAGUUUUGUUGCUUUUUCAUAUAAACGUUGUUGCAAUAUUAACAAUGUAUAUAGCUUCUUAAUAUGUUUAAUUUUGACAUUUUCUCAAAGGUUUUGAUAAGGAAAUAUUUGUCAAUAACAUUUUGAAAAUUUUUGCCAACUUUAUAACAAUUUUUGUAUUUGUAUUUGACAUAAGCUCCCAUAUUAAGCAGCGUGCAUGCAUUGAUUUUUUAAAAAAACUAUGCAACAUCAUUUAGCAUUGCUGUUUAACAUCCUGUGCUCGGCAGAUUGCACUUUUUUCUAAAAGUGUUACCUUCUUUUUGAUAUGCGAUGUCUGUUCAUUGUAUACAUUUUUAUGUAAUCAGCCUUUAAGUGCUUUACAGUGUUGUAUUUUUAAUAUCUAAAUGAUUCUAUUUUAUUUUGUAUAUUAUAUAAAUGUAACUAUAUUUUAUAAAUGUAUAGCAGUAAUUUGCUAAUAAUAUUUAAAGUUUGUUUUUAUGAUCUAUUCGUACAUUCCAUCUUUUUGUAAUUAAAUGCCAGUUGUUUAUAGGGCAUCAACUAUUUGUACUAUUAAAAACUUUUCCCAUUUGUUAUGGUGAAAGAACAUUAAUUGCAACUACAUUCUUUUGAUGUAAAAUCAUUCCCUAGCCGAUUUAUAUGAAUAUUUUUUGAAGUCAUUUUUAACUUCCCACUGCAUUUUUGUAUAGAAUUUCGAAUUGAAUUUGUGUAUGUGAUCUUUUGUUUUCUGGUUAUAUUAUUUACAAAUGUUGUUGUAAUUGCUUAAAUAAUCGAGUCUCAUAAAUGAGAGUCAUGACAUUUAGUUGUAUCGCUUCAUUCGUUCUUUGCAAAAAUAUUGUUGCAUGGAAAGACUAAAAUAUUUUCUUGCCAGCAAUUUUUUAUUUUCAGAAUGAUUAAAGAAAAGUUUGUUUAAUAAAUCUUGUUUUAAUUAGUGAAAAAUUCGUAAAUUUGUUUAAUGAUGAAAUUUGCCUAGUAUAACAGUUAGAAAUAAAAAAAUUUUGAAGAGUGACGAACGAAAGUGUGGAAAAGUUUAAGGUAACUUAAUUUGUGUCCAUGUGUAUUUUAAUCAAAAAUGGAAAAAGCUCUCUUUUAAGAAAAUUGAUAAUGCAUUAUUAAUCUUAGCAUAGGACUUGAAUCUUAAUGAAUAUUAACUUUUAAGUAGUGAAAAUCUCUUUUUGAUUUGAUUUGAAAGUAGUAUAUUGCCUUUAUGGCUCUAUAUUUCAUGAAUUUAAAUAUCGUAAUAUCAGAACUGGGUAAAUAAUUUGGAUAUAGUUAUGCGGUAAAUAUCCUUAAUCUUGUAAGCAUGUCCUAAAUUCAAUAAUUUCGGAUUUAACAACGUGAUCAUUUUUAGUUCAUUCUGCUUUAUUAAUCGAAUUAUCUUAAUUUUAAGAACUGUAAUUUGUCUGAAGUGCUUGACUCUAAAAAUUUUGAAAGUGUCGUGUUGUGUAAAGUUAUUGCACUUCAGUAACUUGUGUGCAGACUUGACAUUUGCGAAAAGAGGGGAAAACGAAUUCUGUAAUUUUUCAGAAUUUUUAUUGCAAAUAUUCAUUUUGUAUUUCGAUUCAUUAAAAACACGUGCGAAUUUCUUGUUGUUAUUCCAUUUGCUUAAGUAUUGUUUUAUAUCUUGUAGUUUAGGAUUAUGGUGUUUUAUGUUUUUAAAGUGAUAUAAAUUUUUAUUGUUUGUAGAAAUUUGGAAUUUUAUAAUUUUUAUAAUUAUUUUCAAAAUUAUACUAGAUGAGAUUAUAUAU